GUAAUUCAGUAUGGACGACGGUAUAGAGCUUAAUAUCGCUCCUCCUUCAUCGGGUGAUAGGCUCAUACGACAACAUGUGGGAUCAAGCAAAGGAGGACGAUGGACGGAUAGGGUCAAGGCGAAGAGAGAAGCUAGGGAUGCUAUCAGAAAUUUAGUAGUAACUCGGCCUACGACUUCGACAGAUAUCCGACCUGGAAGUUCUGGUCAACAUGGUCCUAUCAUUUCUACUCAGAUUGGCCAUCUAGAUCAAUCCGUCAGACCUUCUGGGUCUUCGAAGAUUUUUCAACAUCCCCCUUCCUCUCACUCCUCCCACCCACAAGUCCGUCCUGUCGAUCAAAGCAUUAGACAACCCCAAUCUCGGUCUAUCUCUUCCUCAGUGGAACAUUCGGCUGCAAGAUCUCAACAAUCGAAUGUCCAUUCUUCCACGACAAUAGUCGACAGAAGAGAUUCGACCUCUGGUUCGAGGACAACCAACUUUUCUUCACACCAUGUCUCUGCGACUUCCCCACCAUCCACCAGACCCAGUCAAGAUUCUCAUCGUUCACAUCCUCAAUCUACAUCUUCCAAAUCUAAAGCACCCCAGAUCAUCUCCUCGCUCUUCACUUCCAACCCUCUCCCUCGACAACCUACAAAAAGGGAGGAAAACAAGCUCGGAGCACCUUCCAAUGCUCCAUUAGACACCACUACCUUCUCCGGUCUUGGAUUAGAUCCAAUGUUGGUCCGACACCUAGAAGGUAAAUUAUCAAUCUCGAGACCUACUGCCAUUCAACGAUCUUCCCUCCCUUACCUACUUUCAUCCCCACUGGACAUCGAUUCUGUCGCAGACAUAGACGAAGAGGACCAUUCAGCCAAGACUGAGGAAGACAAGGACAAGUUGAGAGAUGUUUUCAUACAAUCUCAAACUGGUUCAGGUAAAACUCUGUCAUUCCUUCUACCUAUCAUACAAACUCUACUCCCUUUGUCAAAAUUAUCAUACAUCGAUAGAUCUAUCGGUACUCUGGCCAUCAUCCUCGCUCCCACUCGAGAAUUAGCUCAACAAAUAUCAAAAGUACUUGAAUCUAUCCUCGCUCUUUCCCUUUCAACAAAUACGGACGAUCAUUAUGCCCGUUGGCUAGUUUCAGGUCUUUUAACAGGUGGAUCAACAAGAACACACGAGAAAGCUCGAUUAAGAAAAGGUGUACCUAUCCUUGUUUCCACCCCUGGGAGAUUGUUGGAUCAUCUUCAAAAUACUUCAGCGUUCAAAUGUGCUAAAACCAUGUUUUUAGUUUUGGAUGAAGCGGAUCGUUUGAUGGAUCUCGGAUUUGAAGAAACCAUCAACGGGAUCAUCAGAGCUCUAGAAGGGAGACGAAGGAUUGAGAUAAAGGCUGAAAAGGAUAGUGAGGGAGGAGUGAUGAAAUGGCCUUAUUGGUCAAGAGGAAGAAGAACUAUUUUAUGUUCGGCAACGGUGGAUUCGAAGGUUGAGAAAUUAGCAGGUGUGGCUUUGAAGGAUCCUGUGGUGUUCCGAGCUUCAAACGAGCAUACCACUGCUGCGAAAGAGGAAUCUAAGAACUCAAGUGGAGUUUCCAAAGGGUCGAAGAUGAGCAGGAAGGAAGGGGACAAGAAUAGCAAGAUAGUCAAUAUGAUUGACGAAGUGGAGAGACUCAAGGAGGAGACCAAUAAAGUUGUACUUCCCUUGACGAACGAAGAGAAAUUCACACCACCAUCUCAAUUAUCACAGAAAUAUGUGGUGGUACCUACCAAACUUAGAAUGGUCACCCUUGUCGCUUUACUCAGAAGUCUAACGGCUCAGCGCAAUGAGGCAGGGACGAAGAUCAUCGUAUUUCUCAGCUCCACGGAUGGGGUGGAUUAUCAUUGGAAGCUUCUAGGUGGAGUUAGCAUGGACGGCAGUGCUCCUCAUACUUCUCCGCUUUCGACUACACCUCAUGGACAAGACGACGAUGAGGUUGUAGGCGAUCCACCUAAUCAAUCGUCUCCAUCUGGCAUAACGAAAGAAGUCCCAUCGAAACAGAAGAAAUCUCAAGCAAAAGAGAUAGUCGCCCUGACCAGUCCACUUCUCCCCCACGCACAAGUGUAUAGACUUCACGGUUCACUACCACUUCGUACCCGUCUCUCCUCCCUCGCCGCAUUUUCCGCUCCAUCAUCUAAUCCCGCCAUUCUUCUUGCUACUUCAGUGGCUUCUCGUGGAUUGGACUUACCCCUCGUGCGUGCUGUAGUGCAGUACGAUUUGCCCACGGAAGGAGGAGCGAACGAAUAUGUUCAUCGAGUAGGUCGGACGGCCCGAGCGGGAAAAGGAGGAGAAGCUUGGGCAUUUGUCGGACCUAGUGAAGUGGACUGGGUCAAUUGGGUCGAGGGAAAGAUGGGUGGGGCGGAUGGAAAUACUAAAGAUGGUGUGAAGGGAGACGUUGGGGAGGUCAAGUUAGGACAGGUUGGAGUGGAAGAUGUUCUCAAGAAAGGUUUUGGAGGGAAAGGAUAUGAAUAUGAACAGAGAGCUACGGAUGCGCAACUCGCUAUGGAACGUUGGGUACUAGCGGAUGAUCAAAACGCCUCCCUGGCCCGUAAAGCGUUCGCUUCAUUCGUCCGAGCUUACUCCACUCAUCCUACGGAAGAAAAACGUUUCUUCCACCCUAAAUCUCUUCAUUUAGGACAUCUAGCUAAAUCUUUCGCAUUGAGAGAAGCACCUUCAUCUCUCGUUCCAUCUACCAAUUCCAAACGUUCUUCUGACCCGCGUAAAAGGAAACGAGCAGGAUCAGAAGAAGAUACCAGCUUCAAACGCUCGUCCGACUCACGUCAUAAGAAACAAAUAGGGUUCGAGGAUGACACCAGCUUCAAACGCCUCUCUGAAUCACGUCACAGAAACCAAGCAGGUCAGGAUGAGGACAGACAUGGUGGGAAAGAGGAAAGCGCUAGGAAUGAAACGGAACGAAGAAUGUACGAAGCGGUACGGAAAGCCGGAAGGAUGAGUAAAGUGGGAGGUGUUAUGGGACAAUUUUCCAGUAAGGGGAUGAACGAGUUUCAGGUGGUGGGUGGGGAUGAAGUUGAGAGGAUGAGAAACGCGAGGUGUAAAGUUGAGAUGCCGAGAAGGAUCACGUGA